GUCCUCAGACAUCCUGGACACUUGCGUCUGUGGGACUAGGUGAGAGGACAGAGAGCUGAGACCUGGUUGUCUACGGAAACUUUCCAGUUGCUGGAAAGAGGAUUUGUUGAAACUUGCACCUCGGACCACAGUUUUCAAUGUCUAGACCCUGAAGAGGAUACAGAAGAUCUCAGAACAGGACACCUUUCCACAGUGUGGCACCUCAGUUCUCAAAGGGCUCAGGGAAGCUGUACAAGAAGGUCUGCAUAUCCCUUGUGAUCACUGAUAUCUCAGAGCUAGACGUCUCCCAUGGCCCCUCAUCACAUCCGACAGUACCAGGAGAGGGACCACAAAAGGGUCCUGGAAUUAUUCUCCAGUGGCAUGAAGGAGCAUGUCCCUGCUGCCUUCCGCCAGAUGCUGACACUGCCUCAUUCUCUCCUGCUCUUACCUGGGGUGCCUGUGACCACAGUCCUGGUGUCUGGCUCCUGGCUCCUGGCCACAGUAUACAGCUUCCUGUUUCUCCUUUGUCUGCGGGUCCUUUUCUGGCUUUCUUGUAGACAUGAUGUUGCCAAGUGUUUGCAGGCAGACCUGGCUGACAUCACCAAGUCUUACCUGAAUGCUCAUGGCUCCUUCUGGGUAGCUGAGUCUGGGGGACAGGUGGUGGGCAUGGUGGGGGCUGUGCCAGUCAAGGAUCCUCCAUUAGGGAGGAAGCAGCUGCAGCUCCUUCGCCUGUCUGUGUCCUCACAGCAUCGAGGACAGGGGAUAGCGAAAGCACUGGUCAGAACUGUCCUCCAGUUUGCUCGGGACCAGGGCUACAGUGAUGUUGUCCUUAAGGUUGGCAGUGUACAGUAUAGCGCUCUGGCUCUCUACCAGGCCAUGGGCUUCCAGAAGACAGGCCAGUACUUUAUCAGCAUAACCAAGAGGUUAAUGGGCCUUUCUAUUCUUCAUUUCACUUACUCUCUCCAUUUUGCUUGGGAACCAGAGAUGUGAUCUUUUUAUUCUUUAUUUGUCUGGGAGGCUCCAAUUCACUGUGCUGUAGGAACAAACUAACCCUGGCAGUUUACUGCCACCAAUCCCAAUGGCUCCCUUUCUACUCCUUUCCCAUGCAGCCCUGCUCGUGGAGACCUGUGGGUGUUUGCUCCCUGCUCCAUUCUGCCUUUUUACAUGUCUCCAUUUCGUCUUUCUAGUGCCGUGAUAAGGUAGCACAAAACCCAACUGAGUUGAUCCUGCACACAUUUCACUUAGCAGUCUGUUAGCUGUCAGUUUCAGGUAGGUGAUCUCAAGACCUCAAGGCAAGCAACCUCGCUGAGCAGAAGUUCCAGCAGCUCACACAGGAUUUAGGAUCUUUGCAGAGAAGCUAAAGUGAACUCAGAACCAAGGCUUUUCUGACACAUUGAACUUGUCGAUUACGAAAAUAUCUAAGACUGUGUAGAGAUGGAGCCUGCACCUGUAGAGGCAAGCACAGUCCCAGGCCAGGGUGGGUGCCCCGUAAGAGCUGGAGCAACAAAACAUGGCACUUACUACUAAGUCACCAUUGUGCUGAGGGAAGAAGUGGACCUCUGAUGCAGUGAGAGUAAUUUAAAUGGCUUCUCCUGGCUGGAGUGGUCUCUCCUGCCGUAUUUGGUCCCAGUCUUAUGAGAAAACACAAUUAAAUGGAUGCCUAGCAUGAAACAUUCUUGGGCUUUCAGGAAGAGAAUAUGAGUUUAGGAAUUUUCAUGAAUAUGUACCCCUAGAGAAACACCCCAUGACCAACUGGCACUUGCUUGGGUUGAUAGCAGUGGGCUCCCAGUGCUCCUGGUUUUCCUUUGUAAAAUGUUAAAAUGGCAGCUCAGGAGUUGGAACAGCAUUGUAGCAUGUAGAAAGGCAGUCUGAGAACUAAUAAGGUUGUUGGGUGUAGAUUGCCAUGCUAGGCAUAGUCAGCCUCCUGAAUUGUGAAGAAAAGCCCCAAGGGCCCAAUAUCACAAAUGUAGUUGCCACUCUUCUUGUUGCAUGCUGGAACUGGAGAAAUCUUUCAGAGACUUCACAAGCUUUGGUUUCAGAACAUGGAAGAGGCAAGCAGAGACUCAGGCAGAAGAGCCAGGUGUGCUGGCUGGAUCUCCAGUGCCAAGAGGCUCCAUUCAGGCUGCCGAGGGACAGUCAUGCAGACAGCCUUGCUCCGUGCUGUAGUGUUACUUCCCAUGGAGAAGUGCAUCACUGUGCAGUAGUGGCAGUGUUAUGUUUGCACAGACAUAGCUUCCGACUAAGACCUCCACAGGCAGGCAUUCCCAUUGAUUAUUCUAAGGCAGGACAAAGUUCUGUGGCAUGGAGGCCAUAGGCCAGAGUAAGGAGAUUAAUACUAUGGUUUUGGGGGCUGGAGAGAUGGCUCAACGGUUGGGAGCGCUGACUGCUCUUCCAGAGGUCCUGAGUUCAAGUCCCAGCGGCCACAUGGUGGCUCACA